UAAAUACAAAGUCUAUCCUCCCCUCUUACCCUUCAAAUCUAGCAUUUUCCCGUUUUCUCCGUUUUGAAUUUGGAGAUUAGUGUUUGCAGAAAAAAAGGAGAUAAAGCUCUUCAAACUCUCUCUCUCUCUCUCUCUCUCUCUCUCUCUCUAUAUAUAUAUAUAUUUAUUUAUUAUAGGGUUGGUCCGGUGGAUUUUAUUUGUUCUUGGAAAGAUCAGUAGUGGAAACAAUUGAUGGGUUUGUUAAGGCGGAAAACAAUGGACAGCCAGGGUGCAACGACGUCGCAUGAAGGAAUCAAGACUGUGAGAGUAGAUAAUCGUUGUGAUUUCUCGAGCUACUCAGAUCUUUGUGUUUCCGUUGUCACCUGGAACAUGAAUGGUCAGGUCUGUUACGAAGAUUUGGCGGAGCUGGUUGGAAACAGCCGGAAGUCUGAUCUUCUGGUAGUAGGUCUUCAGGAGGUGCCCCGUAAGAAUAUUUCACGACUUUUAAAGGCAGCGCUGCUUGACUCCCACAUCUUGUUAGGAAAAGCCAUCAUGCAAUCUAUUCACCUCUACGUGUUUGGGACAAAGGACUCUGAUUUGUUCAUCAGAGAAUUGAAGAGGGAUAAGCGAUCGUUAGGAGGUUUUGGAGGAUUACUUAGGAGAAAGAAAGGCGCUGUGGGAAUCCACCUUAACUACAAAGGCAUUCCUAUGGUGUUCAUCUCUUGCCAUCUCUCUGCUCAUGCUCACAACGUGGAGAAAAGGAACUCUGAAUUUAGAAACGUAUCAGAAUCUCUUUUCUUCGGGAAGUUGAAUCCUUAUGCGAAACCUCCCCAAAUCACUGUUUGGUUGGGAGAUCUCAACUACCGAAUACAAGGAAUCGACUCCUACCCGGCAAGAAACCUAAUCAACAAUGAUCUCCAGAGACUACUCACUUGCAACGACCAACUGUUACAAGAGGCUGGGAGAGGACAGAUCUUCGAAGGUUAUAGUGAGGGCACGUUAACGUUCAAGCCCACAUAUAAAUAUGACAUUGGAAGUAGCAACUAUGAUACAAGUUACAAGGUGAGAGUGCCCUCGUGGACCGACCGGAUUUUGUUCAAGACGCAAGACUCCGACGAAAUCAAGGCAACUUUGCAUUCCUACUGGUCAAUGGACGACAUUCAUAGUUCUGAUCAUAAGCCAGUGAAAGCUCAUAUUUGUUUAAAACUUAGCAAACCCUUGUAACUUACAAAAAUUUGAUAAUGCACCAAUGUAUACACCGCGAACAAUUAAAUUUUGCAUGCUUGAAUUUUAACAAUUACCAUCUAACUA